AUGGUGGCAGAACAUUUGACCAUUCGCAAUCUCACUUCAACCCCUAUCACCCUGAAACGCAUUGAGAGAUUUCGACCACAAGAGAAACUCCGCGAUGACAUACAGUCCUUGGCCAAGAAUUUCACUCGAGCUCUAGCUACUGUCGCCACCAACGUCACCCGCGCUGCGGAGCCUGUUGCAGUUCUCAGUGACGAUGCCAAUCCAUUUGAGCACAACGAUGUUGAUAUUCGGGUGGAACCUUUCACGGCCGUCAAGACGGAGCUUCGCACCUUCAUCGAUUCGGAGAAAGAGCGUCUCCGCUGGAUAAUUGAAGUAGAUGGAGAGAAACACCAGAUUCAAACUCCAGUGCCUACUGCGGAAUCCGCCACUAUGAAGGCACAGUGCGAGAAUCCCAGAUUUAAGCUGACCGGUGUCUACGUCACACCUGAAUCUCACCUCGCAAUUUAUUCUUCAGCCAACUUGCAUGCUUGGAUGGGUGAGCUGAAGGACAGCACAUUGCUCUCCUCUCUCUCUAUCCCUGGCACGCAUAACUCUCCCACGUGUCACGUUGCACCACCUUCCGUUCGCUGCCAGGCAGUCGGUCCUCGAGAGCAGCUCCGAAAUGGCGUCCGAUUCUUCGAUAUCCGCGUACAGCCGCAGUACCCGAACGAACCUUCCAAGGAUGAACUGAUCCUGGUUCACAGCGUAUUCCCCAUUUCUUUGACGGGGAAUAAAUACUUCCGAGACCUGAUGCGUGAGGUGGACGACUUCCUUAAUCAGAACCCAUCGGAAACGCUCAUCAUCUCUCUCAAGCGUGAGGGCCCUGGCGAGCACACAGAUGAACAGCUGGCUCGAAUCCUCCAUGACCAUUACGCAAGUUCCUGGUACAAGGAACCCAAAAUUCCCACGCUGGGAGAGGCGCGUGGAAAAGUCGUUCUUAUGCGUCGAUUCAAUAUCCCGCAGAACCUGAAAGACGAGCAUGGCGGCCGCGGCUGGGGUAUCGAUGCCAGCGCUUGGGCCGAUAAUUGCGCGAAUGCAACUUGUGCUAGUGGGCAGAUUUGCAUCCAGGACUUCUACGAAGUCCAGGAGACGCAAAACAUCGGGCAAAAGAUCAAGUACGUCACGGAGCAUUGUCAACGAGCAGCCAAAACUUGUUAUCCGCUUGGUGUCCUUCCAGACCCCAACGCAACCAGUGCGCACCCUUUUUACAUCAACUUUCUGAGUGCGAGCAACUUCUGGAAGCUUGGAACCUGGCCCGAAAAGAUCGCAGCCAAGCUUAACCCGGCCGCAGUCGAUCAUCUCUGUCGGAAUCAUGGUGAAAGUGACGGUGAUUGGGCUACUGGCAUCCUUGUCACGGACUGGGUCGGAUUGGACGGGGAUUGGGAUCUUGCCCGCUGUAUUGUGGGCAUGAACGCGCGGCUGAAGCUGAGACAAGAUAAGCAAUAA